CAUUCUCAACAUGACAAAAGUUUUGCUUGUUUAAAAGGAAAACUUCCAUGGACACUUUUUCCCAAACAAAAAAUCUAUAGAAUUGUGUGUUUCCUAAUCAGAAACCCACACAUGCUUAUGGUGUAUGUUUCCCCACUGCAAUAUGCAAAGGUUGAAAGUGCCUAAAUCCAAGUAAGUAUCCAUUUAUUAUUUUACAGCAACACAGGUGUACAUAUUGAUAUGUGCACUGCCCUGUUGGCCUUGAAGUCUAAAGUUAGCUUUAAGACAUACUAGCCUAGUUUGCCGCCUACAUUGAGAUUUUCCCCCCUUCCUCAUGGUUCCUUCAGGGAACACAGUUUGUCACCAAACAGGCCAUGGAGGCCACCUCCAAGUCUCUGGGAUCGAUAGGCAGCCAAAGUCGUCUGUGCAUAAGACCUUUGCCUCUUCAAUCUGCUCCUGGUGGUUCACUGUGUUCCUGGCAGUGUGGCUUCAUUGGAGCUGUGCUACCAAGGACAAACCCUGGCUGCAGCUGGCUUUCAGGGUAGGAUUGAGAGGGCUCAGCAGGGAAAACUGUACAGCCUCAUACUGUAUUUUCCUGGAUUGUGGGGGGGGAGAGCAAAGCUGAGUCCCAAAGGAAGGAAUGUUUGGGCUGCUUGAGCAGGGGUCAGGAAAGUGCAACCUGUGGGAGAUGGUAGGAGACACCACAGGGAGGAGCAUGAAAGUUCCUGCAGAGGGGUAUAGGUGUAGGGCGGUGUUCAUGAGGAGAAAGGUGUUUGAGGGCUGGGGUCCCUGCAGAGGAAGGAGCUGGGCUUGGGGUGUUCCAUCUGGUGGUGGAGGAGCCUCCAUAUGGAGGAAGGUGCUGGGGGCUGAGUUUCCCGCAGUAGGAUAUUGAUGUGGGCUGCAUUGGGGUGUUUCCAUAGGGUUCCUCAGUUCUGUAGCUGGAUUCUGAACCUGUCACAAAGGCCUGACGUGGCUGCGGAAUCUCUGGCUGUAGUAGGCAAAGGCUACUCUGGGGAGCCGCAACCAUGUACAAGAUAAGACACUCUUCACUUCCCACAGACCUGAAGCUCUGUUCCUGUUUCGGUAGUAAGCUGGAUACAACUAAGCAGCAAAGACGAAUGAAGACUUUCUACAGGCUUGCUUUGGAUAUUGUAGUCAUGAACAAGGUGUGCAAGAUAUUCCGGAAGGGACUGAUGGGGUUCAGGGGAUUUCAGUUCAUUGAUAUGACUGCCCAGGAAUCCCUGGCCUUUGGUAUGGAAGAAGACAAGAAAUAUACCAAACUGUCCUUCGACCACAAUGAGUUCAAGAUCAGAAAGGAUCACUUUCCUCUCAAGGCAAUCCAGAUAACCAAGAAGAAACCAGAAUGGAGAACUGAGAAGGAAAUAAAGCUGUUACAAAGCUGGUUGCAGUUUGUGGAAAGCUACCGAAAAUAUAGCCUGAAUCUGCAGUUGCUUCUGGCUAAAGUGAUUCGCUUUGAACGGUUUGGACGCAGGAGAGUCAUCAUAAAGAAGGGGCACUGUGGCAACAGUUUCUACUUCAUCUACUUUGGUACUGUUGCCAUUACUGAAGAUGAGGAUGGGAGCAGUGCCUUUACUGACCCAGAUCCAACUUUGCUUCGGAAAGGUGCUGGAUUUGGGGAAGUUGCUCUUUUAAAGGACAGGCGGAGAAUUGCAACAGUUGUCUGUAUGGAGGAAACAGAACUAUUGGUAGUGGAUAAAGAGGACUUUUUUGCUAAUAAAUUAGAUGAGGAGCUUCAGAAAGAAUUUCAGUAUCGUUUCAGCUUCUUCAAAGGUCUAGAUCUCUUUGCAACGUGGCCUGAUUACUCAGUAGAGAAAAUUGCUAGUUACUGCAAAGCAGAGAAAUUUCACUAUGGACAAGUGAUAGUCCGGGACAUCCCGGAGUCAGCCAGCAUAAUAUUCAUUACUCAGGGAAAAUGUGAAGUUUUACGUCUGGUUGAUCUCACCACUUGCCCAUCCUAUCACAAGUGGAUCAGUCAGCAAAUGGAUUUUCCCAAACUCAGUCCUUAUUACUCUAUGGAGACUGACACCACAGGCAGAAAAAGAUUCAAUAAUUUUAUGUGGAAGUCCUUUCCUGUGCAGGAUCUGAGUAAUCUGAAAUCGAUGUAUGUCCCACCUUUAAAUCCUCAGAAGGAUGAAAAUUUCGAAAGGCAAUACCUGGCUUUAAAUAGGAAAUAUAAAAAUGCACACACAAAGCUGGAGAAAGAGGACAGAGGUGACAGUAGAAGAUAUGAUGACUUCAGUGAUGAUGAGAAAGAAGUCGUUCAGAAAGAAAUAUCAGGGUUGUUCCGGAAGAAACUAACUGUUCUCACACCAUAUGGAGAAAUACCCACUGCUGUUGCCACAGCAAUUUAUACUAGGGUCGAUGAAGUGCAUAAAGGGGAACUCCUGGGGAUAAGCCAGCAUCUUCUACCUGAAGAUAAGCAAGAUAAUCGGAGCAUGGUUUUGGUCAGUCAGGGAGCUCAGAUCAUUCGGUUGAAAAAGGAGAAGUUUGAGGAAUUAGCAGAUCAUACAACAAUAAUGAAAUUACACAAAUUACAGCCGAAAUAUCCCAGUGAUGAUGAGCUGUGUCAAAGCUUUCUGGAACAGAACCACUGGAAAAUAUUCAAGAAAGAUCUGAUGAAUCUUUUCCUGGAGCGAAAACUCAUGAUGAUGGCGGCAAGUUCUCAGCAGGUGAAGCCCAAGAAAGAUAUUUAUAACUCCUGGAGUGUGAAUCAAGCAGGUAUUCUAGACCUGACCACUACCCACCAUCAUCUUCCAACAGGCAUUCAAGGACUACAGCGCAGAUAUGUCCCUGUCCACAUAAGACAGGGAAAGGAUUCGGAGGGCCUGCCAAAUAUUGAGCUAAGAUUGAUUCAUGGCAUUGCUGUACCACGGCCUACUUUGAAAGGAUUGUUUUAGUGAGUUUGAGGAAAUUAGGCCGGCAGGUUUAACAGCACAGAUGCAGCUUGAGAAGCCAAAAAGUGAAACCGCGAAUUUUUUAGUUGAAUGUUACAAAAAUACGUGAAUUUUAAAUAAAAGUAAUUUUCCCCAAUUUCUAAGUAACAAUUAAAUGUUCCUGCCCAGAUUUCUGCUGUGAACGCUGAAGUAAACUUAUUUUUCACUGUGGUAAUCUGCAUUUCUAUUAGCUUUGAGAAGGAAACCUGUUUUCACCAUUUUGUUUUUCUCUGCAAGAUGGAUAUUUUUAUAUAAGGUUAAGAUUUUCUGUUAUUUAUAUUUGAUCCUAAGAUACCUUCACAUUCUAAACAACAUAUUUAAUACAAAUAGAAAUUGAACAAAGAUUUUAACACCUCUCUGAGUUCAGUUGAUCAGGAAGCCAUGUGAAGUUUAAAGUGCUCAUUGGCUGCUGCUGUAGUUUUUGUUGUGCUUCACUAUGCUUGGGAGGUUGAUAAUAUGGCUUAAAGUUUAGACUGUUGAAAUGUGCUUCACGCAGUUUUACAUGUUUUUCAACACUGCAGAUGAAAUUUUAAAUUAAAGUUUUCAAUUAAAUAAAAAUUAAUUAAAACGUUUCUAUUCAUACUUUUAAAAAUCUUAAUGUGAUCAUUAUUAUAAAGAGUUAGAUUUUAGAAAUAUAUUAACAGACUGAAAAGAUGUGCUCUUUCCCCAUGUCUUCCCUCUCAAAAGCAGUUUUGAGAACUAUUCGCCAUUUAUGUCAGGCUUGCACCAGCAAAAUAUAUUUCUGGUACCUUAGUCAACAUAAAACAGAUUGAGGCCCUGAUCCUGCAAAGAUUUACAGAUGUGUUAACUUUACCCAAUGUGAAUAGUCCUAAUUAAGUCAACAUGACAUUUCACAGUGCAAAAGGUUAAGCAUAUAAAUAAAUCUAUGCAGGAUUGGGGCCUAAGCUGUAUCAGUAUUUUUCUUUGUGCUAGCUAUAUAAUGUACUGUAUGAAAACACAUGUAUGCUAAGGCUGAAAAUGAUCAAAUAGUAUUUUUAUCUCAGAGGAUGUGAAUAAGUUAGUAAGACAAGAUAUGGUUUUAAAGAAAGAAUAUCCACUUAAAUGUAUUUGUACAAAGGUUAGAUUUCCAAGAGAAUUAGUCAGAAAUGUCGGAAACCCUAUCUUUUGUCAUUAACGAUUUAAAAAAAAGUAUGAAAAAGGUAAAAUGUGAGAUGAAGGCGCAUGCUGAUCUCUCAAAAGGAAAACAGUUUGAAGAGCUGAUGAUUCAUUGAGUCUGAUCUUGUCAUUUAUGUCAGGUUUCAGAGUAGCAGCCGUGUUAGUCUGUAUUUGCAAAAAGAAAAGGAGUACUUGUGGCACCUUAGAGACUAACCAAUUU